AUGUCUAGGGCCUUUUGGGGUGAAGGUGUGUCUGCCGAUUCACUCGUUCGGCCAGAGGGCUUCUCGGAGCAGGGCCGGGAGUUAUUGAGUCAGAUGGACGCCACGUCCAAGUGGAAAUAUUAUUGCGAAUUGCAGUCUCGGUCUCUCGCAUUGGUGAACCAACUUGCCAUGGGGCCGAUAGGUGAAUUGGUGCAGAUGAGGCAGAGGUUGGAAGAGGCCGAUAGAGCGGUGGCCGAGGCCCGUGCUACGACCCAAGGGGCCCUAGCUACGAACCGCCAACUUGCCGCUGAGCUAGACGUUCAGAGGCGUAAUAAUGAUACUCUUCGGCUGGACCUUCAAAAGGCGGAGAACGAGGGGAAGCGUCUAGCCGAAGAGGCACAGGCCGAGCUGGAGAGGGUUAAGGAGUCGGCGAAGGAUCAAAUUGUGGCGCAGCAUGAGGCCAGAUUUCGCCACGCCAUUCGGCAAGCAAAGUACAUCGGCCAUUUUCGCGAGGACUUAGAGUUUGACAUGACCAAGGACUUUUACCAAGGGUCUUUCAUGUCGUUUGCCGAAAUGCCUGCGGGAGCUAUGCCUGAUAGUGAUGAACCGGAUGAUACUCCCGAGGGGGAAGAGGCUCAAGGUGCUUCGGAUGACGAAGCCGAGGAUGAUCAAGAAGGGCCGACCCACGAGCAAGAGGACGAGCCCGAAACUCAGGAGGAUGCCCCCACUCACCCUGAUGAGUGA